CAGUGUGUGUGCGUGUUUUAGACAAGGGCAAAGCUCAAGAGUAGCAGGAAAUUUGUAAAAUAUUUUCCAAGUAUUCAAUUAAAUACACAAAAAAUGCACGCAAGAUUUGCGGAACCCGAGCCCGCCUCACCAGACAGUGUGAACAAAAUUGAAACGGAAUCGCUAGAGGCGCGCAUCGAGCAAUUUAAACAGAAUCCCAACAACAUGGCCAUUCUGCACGAGUUCAUCGAUGAGGUGGCCCAACGCGCUGAAACGGAGGCCAAUAAACGUGCGCUCGAGGCGCACAAAUUGCAACAGGGCAAGGAGAAGCGACAGAGUUUCGCCAUACCAGAUUUUAAGAACGGCAAAGUUGUUAACCGUGCCCGCGGCUUUGUGGUGCGCAUCUUCGAUGCCAUCUGCAAUUGUGCCAACAACAAUGCGGCCGCUGCCACGACGCGGUUCAAGCUGCGCAGCAAUGGCGCCAGCAGCGGAGCAGCUGGUGGCAAGCGUCAACAAUCCCAGGAUGAGCCUGAGACAUUGGUGCUCAGCAAGAAGAAGCCAUCGGCGGAUGGCAAAAAAAAGUCCAAGGGCGUAACCAUGGCCGACGAUGUGGAAGCGGGCGUUCGACUGGUGGACUAAACUCCAAAAAUUUAAAAGAAAAGUCCAUGUUUAGUUCAAGGAACAUAAUCAAAAAUCAGCUUGACCUAAGCUCAGCGGCAAAAGGAGAUCAAAAUGGAAGUCCACAUCAUUAAUACAAUGCUUAAAUGACCAAUAUAGUUCUAGGCAUUAUAAGCAUGAAUUGAGCAAUUACUGUUAAAAAUACGAAUAAUCUAACACUCUACAACAAUUUCAGUGCUGCCAUGUUAAAUUCUUUGUUUAAUUGCAUUUCAAUUUAUAGAAUCUCAACAUGCUGCAGUGCAAUAGAACUAACUAAAACUAACACUCAAAUAUUUGGUCAAAUAUUAAUUUUCAUUUUCAUUACUCUACCCUCACUGCAGAAGUUGAAACUAUUAAUAAGACUAGCAUUUUAUGAAACAUGUAAUUGCUUUGCUCAACACGCAAAAUGCACAAAUUUAAGUCUUCCCCUCCAUUCGCAAGCUUCCUACAAGGGCUUAAAUGGCACCGAAACUAUAACCAAUUGCAUUCAAAUACUAAAAUUACAUCUAUAAACACAUUACUUUAUGUUAACCUAAAUGUGAUCCAAGAAAAGCAACAUAAAUAUUAAAUCGACUGCAAAAAGCACAAACAACUUCUAGAUUAGAAAUUACAAAAUUGAAAAAUGAUUGAUAAAAAUUAAAUUAUAAAAGAAAGAUCUCAUCUAAAACCCUUUCUCUAUCAAAAGUUCACACGUACAGCACAAUCAAUGAGAGCAUUAUAUGAUAAACAGAGCCGAAUAAACAAUGUCAGACCUUUCAAACUCCACCUAACUAUAACUAUACAAUUUACACGCGUUUAUAUAGUAUUUGUAUUGAAACCCUAAUAUAUAGAUGUGUAUAUGAACCUAUUUAGCUGUGUGUGUAGUAGUGAAUGUUUUCAAGAACCUAUAUACAUAUAUAUAUAUAUAUAAAUAUUAUAUAUAUAUACAAGCAAAUAAAUGUGUACUGAUUUUAUAUACAUAUAUGAACUUAUAAACUUAGAUUAAUUUAGUUUAGUUUACACCGCAAUACCGUACAACUUUCUACGUGGCAUAGGUUUCCGCACGACACACUCUAUUUAUAUUUUUGUGAAACCCUUUUUGGAGACUACGUAUAAAACAAUCUAUACCAGAUUCAAAAAAAAAAAGCUAAUCUUUAUAAAGCGAUAUUUAUAUGAUCUGUAAAACUAAACGCCUGUAGAAAUUAUUUU